AUGUCUUCCGGUGAAGAUCUUUCUGAGCUAAGGAAGCUUGCCAGACAGUCUUACUUGUCGAGGCGUGAAGAAACAAAACUUCUAGUAUUGAAGCAGGAGGUUAUAGAAUAUAAUAACGAUAUCAAGGAUUAUGGCUGGUCAAACCUAUCAAAACGAGAACAGGAUGACUAUGAAUACAAAAAGGAGAUAUUGGAUAUUGUGUUACAGAGGAGAGAUCUCAGUGACCAAAUAUACAAUCAAUUGAAUUUUAAUUAUGAACUACCCAAGGAUUACUUCACCGAAGAUAACAAGAUUGAUAAGAAAAGAAAGAAGGAUCUUUUAAAUGUUAGGAAAUCCCAGGGCCGUGGUGAGCCAAAUGACCAGUCUUCGUUCCAAACUUGGGAAAGUAACCAAAGGAAAUCUAUGCUAGUGACAUCAGGAAAUAUGAAAUUGGAGGAAAACUUUGAGGAUCCGACAUCUCUAAAUCUCCCAGGAAGUGAAAAUUAUGAAUUUGUAUUUGAUGAUUCCCAAAACAUUAACUUUGUGAACAGUGAUGAGAAAUUGUCCAUAGUUGAUGAGCUUUCAGAAAUUCGAGAUGAAAAACACGAAGAGACUAGACUUAAGGAUGAGGAAAGAAGAGCAAAAAAGAAAUCUAUCGAAGAAACAAAGAAGUCAUUACCAGUGUACAAAUACAAGCAAGACAUAAUUGAUGCAAUUAAGAAAUAUCAAAUUUUAAUUUUUGUCGGGGAAACAGGUUCAGGUAAGACAACUCAAUUGCCUCAAUAUCUUUAUGAGGCAGGACUUUGUAAUAACUUUGAUAACGACGAUACAACUACUUAUAAAAAAAUUGCGAUUACUCAACCAAGAAGGGUGGCUGCAACUUCUGUCGCCACUAGAGUGGCAGAGGAAAUGGGAUUUAAAUUAGGAAAUGAAGUCGGUUAUACCAUCAGAUUUGAUGACAAAUCUAGUGAAAAGACCUUAAUUAAGUACGUCACUGAUGGUAUGUUAUUAAGAGAGUUUUUAAUAGACCCCGAAAUGAAAAGCUAUUCUGCCAUCAUCAUCGAUGAAGCCCAUGAAAGAACCAUCAGCACAGAUAUAUUAUUGGGGCUAUUAAAAGAUAUAGUGAAAAUAAAUAAGGAUCUAAAAGUUAUCAUUAGUUCUGCGACUGUCAAUUCUAAGAAAUUCUCUGAUUUUUUUGGAAAUGUUCCCAUUUUCAAUGUUCCGGGGAGAAGAUACCCAGUUGAUAUUUUUUAUACCGAGCAACCCGAGUCCAACUAUUUGUUUGCUUCUGUCACUACUAUUUUCCAGAUUCAUUUAAGUCAAGAUACUCCUGGUGACAUUUUAGUGUUUUUAACUGGUCAAGAGGAAAUCGAAGCGAUAGAGGAAAUUCUAAAGGAUACUUGUGCUAAGCUAGGGAAUAAAAUAAAGCCUCUUAUAAUUGCUCCAAUUUAUUCUAACUUACCCAUCGAAUUACAAACAAAGAUUUUCGAGCCUACUCCCCAGGGUUCUAGAAAAGUUGUUUUGGCUACCAACAUUGCCGAGACUUCCAUCACUAUUGAUGGUAUCAAAUACGUCAUCGAUCCAGGAUUUGUAAAGGAAAAAGUUUUCAAUCCAACAACAGGUAUGGAGAGUUUGGUCGUUGUUCCAUGCUCACAAGCUUCUGCUCAGCAACGUGCUGGUAGAGCGGGAAGAGUUGGACCUGGUAAAUGUUUUAGGCUAUACACAAAAUGGUCAUUUAAGAAUGAAUUACCAAAACAGCCAACUCCAGAAAUUCUUCGGAGUAACUUAUCGGGGAUUAUUUUGAUGUUGUUGUCUUUGGGUAUAUAUGAUAUUUUGAAUUUUGAAUUUUUGGAUAAACCAUCUAAUGAUCUUUUGAUCAAGUCUUUAGAGCUACUUUAUGCACUUGGUGCUAUGAAUGAAGCUGGUGAAUUAACGAAACUAGGGAAAGUGAUGUCUGAAUUUCCUCUUGAUCCAAUGUUUAGCAAAGUUUUGAUCACCGGUAACCGAAAGAAUUGCUUAUCUGAAAUUCUAUCGAUUGUAUCGAUGUUGACUGAAUCUGGCUCUCUAUUUUAUGUUCCGAAAAACAAUAAAGAAAUGGCGCAAAAGGCAAAGGAAAACUUCAACAAUAGGUACAAAGACCACGGAGAUCAUUUCAUGUAUUUGGAAGUUUGGAAUCAGUGGGUUGACAAUGGAUAUUCAUAUCAAUGGUGUAAAGAUAACUUCAUCCAACACAAGACCUUGAAUAGAAUUAGAAAUGUCAGAAACCAACUAGAAAGAUUAUGUGGAAAGAACGAAUUGUUCAUUCAAGAGUCAUCCAAUAGUUCACUUAAUAGAAAACCAUCAGAUGAUGAUGAUGAUAAUGAUGACUCCUUCAAAAAAUUAAUUUUGAAUGUCAAGAUAUCUAUUGCCUCUGGAUUUUUCCCGAACACUUCUAAGCUAACUAAAUCUGGAACAUCAUACCGCAAUCUCAAAAAACAGCAAGAAGUCUUUAUCCACCCAUCAUCAUCGCUUUUCAAGAAGAAACCACCAGUGAAAUUAUUAAUUUACAAUGAAUUGGUGCUCACCACUAAAGAGUAUAUGAGAAAUGUCUUAGUUAUUGAUGAUGAAAGAAUUUUGAAAGAUUAUGCAUCUCAUUAUUUUAAUGAGGAAGCAUUGAAUGAAAUUGAAAAUGCCAAUUCCAGUAAAAGAAAUAACAAAAUGAACCCCUAA